UUCAACUCGGAGUGUUCCCGCUGUGACUGAAAUGAACUUGCCAUCCAGAGAGCAGUGUGAGAGGUGGGACCACAGCCAAGUGGCCUUAUUUAUGGGGAAGAACAUGUCAGAUGGCGACAUGAGCAGGUUCAGCUCCCUCCAUCGGCAGCAUCUUCAAAAGAUUGCUCAGGACAUCCAGAAAAAUGACGACAGCUACCUGAAUAAACUAAAAAGUGUCCUUCCAUGUGGCAGAUUGAAAAGCAAAGCAGUUCCAGAAGUACCUGUGAGAGACUACAAAGAUGAGGUGAUGGUGGAUCCGGAAGAUUUAUCUGAAAUGGAAUAUGAUAAUGAUACGUAUGACAAUGCACUGCAAGGGCACAAUAUCAACUAUGAGCCGCCUCCCUGCUGCAAAGUCUUCACCAGAACCACUUCUUCACCUUUUCUAACAGGGGACUAUCUUGACAGCUGCCAUAAUGGACCAAACUUGGAACACAGAAAGGCCUUCAAAAGGGUCAAAAAAUAUCAACAACUACCCCCAGAACCCACCUAUGUGGACAGUAAUGACGGAGACUACAUCAAUCCAGAUGGCAGUAAUGAGGAUGGCAACUAUGUAGAACCUGCAGAUAACCUCCCUGCUAAUUUGUAUGAAGUUCCAGAAAAAGAGGAUACCAUGUUGAGACAGGUCUCAGCAAACAGAGUAAAAAUGAGGAGAUCACGCUGUACUGACCAGCAGGCUGAAAGUGACUCGAGAAUAUGGGAUCAUGAAAAUAAGCAAGCUCCUCCAUACCCACCCAAACCUUUGCCGAGAGCGUCACUGAAACCUCCCUUAAGGCUGGCACAAGAUGUAAAGCAGAGAGACUGUGACCAACAAACUGACAGUGAUACUGUUGAAAAUGGAGCCACAGACCAAGAUAAGGAUGCAGAUGUCUAUGCGAAGCCAUGGUUUGCUGGGAAAUGUGACCGCAAGACUGCUGACCAGCUGUUGUUUCACGCAAAUAAGGACGGGGCCUUCAUGGUGAGGAAGAGUUCGGGACAGGACAAACAUCAGCCCUACACAUUGGUGGUUUAUAAUAAGAGCAGAGUGUACAACAUCCCAAUCCGGUUUAUACACACAAGGCAGCAGUACGCACUGGGAAGAGAGAAGAAAGGAGAAGAGUAUUUCCACAGCAUCUCUCACAUCAUCGAGAACCACCAGAAGAAUCCUCUGGUCCUGAUAGACGGCAAGAGCAACAGCAAGGAUGCUGCCAAGCUGCGUUUCCCUACGAAACAACCAACCACAUCUGGACAUCAAGGCCAGACUUUUGAUGCGUUCUCACCUCGUUUUUAAUGCCCACAUGGUCAAUCUGUGGCACUAAAUUAGCAAGACUCAGAAGACUUUGAACAUGUUUUAUUGAGAUGCUUUGCAGUGUUCACUCAGUAUUCAAAUUAACGAAAAGGCUGAGACAGUAGCUGUAGCAGGAUUUUUUUUUUUUUUUUUAGUAACUUACAAGUUGUAUUUUUC